AUGGAGCGAAAUGUGCAGCAGACUGGCCUUCAACUGUGCAUUACUGCUGUGCUGCUCCUUGGUGAAGGACAAGGGAGAGAUUUCCCUGGCAGUCUGAGCUGCCUGAAUAACUACGUGACUACUGUGAACUGCACGUGGGCACCAGAGGAGCCUGUGGGUGAUGGACCUUUCCACCUGUAUUUCACAAACCUCUGGUCAAAGGGUCAAAAUGCCAGCUGCCAGCUGACUGCCAGAGACAGCAUGCAGGAUCAGUAUGGCUGCACCAUGCACUUAGCAAGACAGAUCUUGGAAACAGAUGGUUACAGAGUCUCUCUCCAAGGCAACUUCUAUGGAAGCAAUCACACAUACAUUACCUUUCAGGAGUACAGCCCCCGCCAGCACAUAAAACUUGAUCCACCUUUGAACGUCCAGAGCAACAUUACUGCCAACAAGUGUCAGAUAUGGUGGACUGUGCCUUCCUACCUUGAUGAAAUUCUCCAGUACCAGUUGCAGUACAAGGAGUACAGCACGUCAUGGGAGACUGCACAGAACAAGACACCACCCAAUUCACUACCACAAAUAGAAAUUGAAGGCACAGAAUUCCGCAGUGGCAUCUCUUACAUUGCACGAGUUCGCUGCAAAGUUUCUGAAAUUGAGGAUUCAUACCACAGUCAGUGGAGCGACUGGAGCCAGACAACAGUAUUUCAAAGAGAAGGUGCAUCCGAACUGUCUGAAAACCUCUUUGAUACCAGAACAUUUGAGUUCUUGAUCAUUCCUCUGAGUUUUGGCACGCUACUCUAUUUAUUUUGGAACUGCAAGCUUUCUUCAAGGGCAAAAGUCCUCUCCUGCCUUAAUAUUCCCACACCAGCUGCUUUCUUUCAGCCACUCUAUAAUUUGCACAAUGGGAAUUUUAAGGACUGGGUUGGACCCAAUGAGGCUUGUAGCCAACUCAAAAGAGAAGAGGCAAGCAACUCAAACAAAGUGACUGCAGAUGAAGUUUCUGAGCUAAACAUCCAAGAACUGAUUUCCCAGAUUUCCUUGAAACCUAUGGAAAGCACAAAUUUGGCUGCUGAAGAAGAGAUAAUUGCCUUUGCCUCUGGUCCAAGCCAGCAGCAUGUCCCCAGCAGAUGUGUAAGAGGAGAAGAGAUAGAAGUCAGGCCAGCAGUGCUGGUAACCCAAAACCAUGCUAAUGAUACAAUUGACCUGAAAAUCUCUGAAAAAAUUAAAGCCAAUCUUGAGAGCUCUAGCAUGGGAAGGAGUUAUCCCUCCUACUUACAGCCUGGAAAGAGCGACUGCCUUAUGCUUCAGGAAUCCUUGGAGAUGGCAAGUGUGUCAUUCAGCAGUAGUGACUAUUGCACUUUGUGUGAUAGUGAUACUACUGAAGGUUUGAUUCCUGCUGAACUAUUGAAGCUCUCUGAUGAAAAUGGUCUGGUCAAAUGUGAGAAUGAUCAGAAUGACCUUCUCUGAGGAAUGCUGCCCACAAAGAUAUCUGUGUUGCCUUCUCAUCUCCCAGUAGUGUCUUCACAAAUGGUUAAAUGGUGACUGUGCAGACAAUUAUGUAAUUAGAUCCCUUUUUAGACCAAGAUCUUUGUGUGGCUUGAUGCAAUGUUUCCAAAUUUCAGAUCUUCAGAAUGAGAAGGAUGCUUCCUAAUACUGUCAAAUCAGAUGUAUCUUAAAUCUCUCAUAUCUACACAGCCCUUGCAUAUGAACGUGUCUGCACAGAAAUUGAACCAGUUUCAUGAAGUCUUGUUUGCUUUAAGAAAGUAUUCUAUACUGUUAUUACCAGCAAAAGUGUAAUGUGAAGAAUUAUAUUCAGAUAGAAACAUAAGGAGCAGUAGGUCAGGCUAUGGGAAAAAUCUAAAACUUAAGAUAGAGAAGCAAAAGCAAAUAGAGAAAUUGAAUGUGGUGAGAAAUGACAAAAACAGAAAGCCGAGAAAGAUACUGCCUUUGUUCAUCAGGCAAGGACAGAAAGACUGCAGGAAUUGAGUAUGGAGAUGAUGACAGGCUCAUGAUUAUAGGGCUGAAAUGAUAUUGCAUCAUCAGAUGAAACAUUUAACAAUUUUGGCAGUUUCUGCUUUGAUGCAGCUACUUAAAAACAAAACAAAACAAACAAACAAACUGCAACAACAACAAAAGAAAAAGUGUAGAGAGGAAAAGUGCCACAGAAAAAGUUGCUUGUUGUAGCUAGAUUAUUUAAAAAAAAAUAAAAAUCUUUUCUGCACUUAUGUCUUUGGAACAGCUGAAGUCUAAUUUUUAGUUAAUGAAUGAAUAUCCACAUUUUAUUUCUAGAGAAACAGUAUAUAAAUACCUAAUUUGCUGUCUUUUCACUUUUUUCACUUUACUAUUUUUUGGUCAUGUUUGAGACCUAUAUUAGGUUAAGCUGCAUUUUUUCACAGCUUCUCCCAGAAUUUCUGAACUGCUCCAAGUCCAGUUUUCCAGGAAAGUGUAUAUACACCAUGCCAGUGGAAGACAGAGAAUUUUCAUUUAGUAAGGAGAUGUAACAUGGGCUCUGGUCGAGCCUUUCAUUUCCUGGGACUGCUGAGUGCAUGCUAUGUCUAUCACCCACACCAGAACAAAGCCACCAGUCUUUUCCCCUUUCUUUCCUUAGUGUUGAGUUUUAGCAGAGGAAACAAUGUCAGAAGGUAUUUGGGUAAUGUUGGGUAAGCUACUAAGGAACUGAAAAUACUUUAUGACAAAGGAUGUGUUGUAGUUUGUAGAUGUUGUUUUUUUUUUUUUCCUUACCUGCUAAGCUGAAUAAAGUAAAAGAUCUAACACUGU